AUGACGCGCAAAAUCACCGAGGCCAACAAGGCUUGGGAGCACUCCGCCUCGACAGGUGAGAUGAAGUGGUUGAAGGACACGACCUUUGUAUCGGCCGAAUUUUUCCAGCCUCCCAGUAACACCCAGCCCCACGGCUGGGAGAGAAUCGCGGUUCCUCCCGCGACCUCCAGCCACGGCGGAGGAAGAAUCUUCAAGCGCGUCCCCGGCCGAAGCGUGGACACCAAGUACAAUGGUGUCGCAGCCGAGCUCGAUAGCCAGGGAUUUGGCGAGAGAAAGCGGGCGAAGAUGACGAGCCACAAGGCCGCCUGGGGCUUGCGUAGUUUCGACCCCAGAUACAGGACGGCCAUGACCGAUCAGUAUGACAUCGGCAAGGCCAGAUACCAGGUGAAGAGGGCGUACAAGGAGAUUGCGGAGGACAACGAGACCAUCCGCAAGAGUGCCCGCCCCUCCAAGCGAUCCACCUUCGAGCCAUCCCAAUUGACGUGGACCCCCCGAAAGCGACACAACACCCGCUGGCCCGUCAACCCUCCUAAGUGGGAUGCGCCUAUGAUCGCAGAGUGCCAGCCCCUCAUCAUCUUCGAGAUAAGCACGAGCGACAUCGAUGAUCCCGCAUUCUGGGAGCAAGAGAACCCAAUGGACCUGCCACAGCAAGAGCAAGGAGACCAGCAGCAAGGCGACCAGCAGCAGACCAAGAAAUUGUCGCGCCGUCGCCGCAGCAUUGUCCAGCGUCCGUCGCUGAGCACCAUCUCGGAGGAGUAUAAGGAGCCCUCUGGAGUGCCAAGCUCGACGCCUAGCACCAAGUACCGCCCAAUGUACAGCGCAUCUGCAAAGAGGUGGUCUGCCGCCGCAGAGAAGUACUAUACCAGUCUCAAGGUCGCCUCGUCACCUCUGCAGAAAUUCACCAUGAGCGUCACACCGAGAGGCGUUACCAUCGAGGACGCAGAGGAAGACCAAGACACCGAAGAAUCUUCAGAGAUCGAGAUUACCAAUGAGCGUGGCCAUUUCCGCGUCCCUUCCUCGCCUCUAUCUUCCCGGUCCGCCACCACCGCUGCUUCCAAUCGCAAAUCCAAGGCUGAUGACGAGGUCACCAAUGAACGUGGCCGUUUCCGCUGCCCCUCAUCGCCCGUGUCUUCUCGAUCCGGCGCAACUACAUCUUCCAAUCGUAAACGCAAAGCCCAGAACGAGGUCAUCAGCCAGCGGACUCCAAUGCGCCGCCGAACCUUGCCUCGCGAGUCAUCACCCUCGCCCUCACGACCCAUCACCACCACGAAUGCCGUGGCUGUAUUUGACCAGCCCACGCCUGAAGUGCAUACCGAGCCAGAGCACGAGACUAAGAGACGUGUUUCACUUGACAAUGCACGACGUAGCGACAGACGAACUGAGAUGGCGGCCUUUAAGAAAGUCCGCAGUUGGGUCGCCAAUACGUUCACCGGUGGGCGCCGCCGCAGCUUUGCGGAGACCUUGGAGGAGCAGGAAGAGCGCGAAGGGCAACCUCGUAGAAAGCGCCGGCACACGCUGGACGUCGACGUGGGAAGCAACCCGGACAUAUUUGGUCAGACAGCUGGUCAGCAGCAAGAUCUACAUGCUGGAAAUGAUGCUCUACCUUCCACCACCCCUGAUGAGAUCCUCCCACGGGCUGCGAGCCUGACUCAUCCAGCCCAAGAACCUAUCGAGCAGUCGGAGAAAUCAGCUUCCACUGCAACCACAGAGCGCAUCCCACAGACGGAGACCCAGGCCGAGGACGCACGAACGCCUUCAAUCGAGAACGGGGUUUCAUCAGUUGGCGUGGGAGCCGGUACGAACGUUGAAGAGAGAGUCGGGAACUUUCUCGAUAAUGCGGCUACUGCUGCAGCCCAAGAUGACUCUAUUUCGGAGGCCGGAAGCGAAUUUUCGAUGGCACUGGAUGAGGCAAACCCAGAGUCGGAAAUUCCAUUGGAGGACACAGCUACGCCCCCCACCCAGACGAAGGUCGCCAUUGACUGGGACGCUAUUACGAAUAUCGACGAUAAGAUUAGAGAUCUUCUCGAUCGUAAGGCCGCCUUAGUGUACAACGAAACUAUACCUGUCACCAAAGAGGUCGAGGGAGAUACUACAAUUUCAAAAGAAAAAGAUGCCACCAUGUCGGAAGAAGAUGACGGAGACACUACUGUUGCGGAAGAGGACGAGACGCAGCCCUUUGAGAUGAGCGUUCUUGACCGCAUCAUGAGUGUUCUCGAGCCUGAUGAAGACGAAGAUAUAACGAUGGAUAUUCCUGAAGUCAAUACUUCUGCGGCCGAUUUGCCUGUUACCGAACCACCUACGACCGACUCGUUCAUGGCUGACUCACCUGUCGCCGACUCACCUACACUCCAUCCAACAGUGCCCCAUUCGUCAGUCCCCGAUUUGCCCACAGCCAUGGAGACGACUGUUGAGACAGCAGCAUCCAGCAUUUCCGUGGUUGAUAUACCCAUUUCCGUUGAGCUCGCGGCCAUGUCACAGCCCGCUGAAGAUCCGGAUAACCAUUCGAAUGGAGGCCCAAUCAUCGAGCCCACACCCAUGGAUGAGACGCCCAUUUCUGCCGAGCCUGAGGCCAAGAUGCAAUCCGUCGAGACAUCUGAUUGCGACGCUGCACCUGUCGAGCCUGUCGCCGUGGUUGAGAGACCAUUUGACAAUGACCCAGCGGCCAAGUCGCACUCCACUGAGGCGCCAGAACAAAAUUCUGACGCAGUCUCGCCCAACAUGCCGAUACCGAGCGCAUCCACCAUUGAGAAGCCCACAAACAUGUCACAGUCCGUUGAGACGGUGGAGCGGAAACGAAAUUCGGCCACAUCUAUCGAGCCAACAGUCGCGACACCGUUCAUUGAGGCAGGGAAACGCGAGUCCGACAAAGGCGCACUGGCUAUGCCCACGGCCACAACACAGCCCGUAGAGGCACUGGACGGAGACUCCAAUGACGACUCGGAGUACGCAAUGCUGCACAGCUUCGUUCGCCGUGCUCAACUGAAGCCCAAGCGAAAGGAGUUCACAACAUCGUCCACAGGCUCGCCAAAUACCUCAGCCGAGACCAGCACAGCUAUCAAGAGCCCUCGCCAGCCGCUGGGACAGAAGGACGCUAACAGAAGCCCGAGCCCAAGCAAGAAGCGCAAGCUCAAGGAAGCCGAAGGAGCUCCAUUGGAUAUGACGAAGAACAGCCGUCUCGUCAAGCCCGACCUCGACGACACCACGCCACAGCCCUUGCGCAAGAGGCGUAGAAAGGGAGCAGAGACCGACUCUCCAGAUGAAAUCUUCAACCCCGAGAUGGCCUUGUCCCAGAGCCUCACCCAGAAGGGACCUUCCGGUGGCCCUCGCCGCUCCAAGCGGGUUGCUACUACGAAGACCGCAGAACCCGCCACACCAUCCCAUAUACCCGUCCGGCUCCCAGGCUCAUUCGACGCAGACAUGCCUGCCGUCUCGACAGCUAGCCUGAUGCAGAGGAAGACGGAGAAGGACCUCGCCACAUUGACGCGUACUAACACUCGCCGAAAUAAGGGGGGCGCCCUCCCGGUCCCUGCCCGUCUCGCUGGCCUCUCCCUACCAGCAGAGACCGCCGCCGCGGCCGCCGACCCGUUCACAUCCCCGAGCAAGUCGGCUGAGCCCAGGGCGGCUAGGCGCGGAAAGGCCGUCCGCUGGGACGAGACCUUGGCUAGGUUCCAAGGUGACAGCGGCCCUGCCCCCGCUGCUGUCGCUGAGGAACCCACUGCCGCCGUCGACGAGGAUCCGACUCCCUUGGUUCCAGCCCCGGUCUCAGCUCCGGUCUCAGCUCCGGUCUCAGCCCCGGUCCCAGCCCCGGCCGAGUCGGAGAAGAAGAAGGCGCUCAGACCGCGCGCUUCGCGUCUGCCGGCCGCGAAGACGACGACAACGAAGACGACGACGGCGAAGAUGACGACGCCGGCGAAGACGAAGUCGGCCCCGGUCCCCGCCCCUUCGCGGGUCACUCCCGCGAAGAGGUCCGGCGCGCUUGGGGCGCGGCUGGGGACGCCCGCCCCCAAGCGGAGGGGUAGCGGGAGGGGAUGA